GCCGCCUUGGGCUGGCUGGCUGUCUGUCUGUGGGUUCAAUGGUGCCCUGCCCUUGUCGGUGUCUGUGUCCUCCUCAGCCUGAAAUAGCGCACGAUGCCGCCAUUCUCAUUGCGGGAAGGCAAGGACGGGAUGAGAGGGGUUUCUAUUGCCAUUGCUCUAUUGUUGUCAUUGUCGUUGUCACUGUCGCUGUCAAGGUCAUUUAUGGUUGCUUCGUCGUCCUCUUUCCCUUCCCUUGACCACCAUCGACCAUCCAUCCACACUCACCUCGCCUCGUCUCGCCUCACCCGCCUCGCCGCUCACCUCGACAGUGCUCUCCACCUCGGGGCCUACCCAAGGUCCAUACCUUACGGAUACCUUCCAUUGGUUGCUACCCAAGGUUCCAGGCCAACCAAGAUCGGGUACCUUGCGUUGCCGUCAUCUCGCUCGCUCGCUCGCGGAUGCGGAUGCGGCGCAGGUGGUAGUGCAAUCCCUCAGAGUCCCGCCCGCCGUGUUGGUUGGAGCCAGCAGAGUGGUGCCCGAGAGAGCAGAAACACCUGCCAGGCCAAACUCGAAACAUCGACCCUCGCCGUUGCUGGUUGUUUAAGCGCCAACCACUCACGACGCGGCCCUUGCUUUGCUGCUCACCAUCACGGCGCUUCCACUGCCCCCUGGACCCUCUGAUUGGCCCGCCACCCCUUCCUUCAAUAACGGCCGUGGACAGCACUGCAAAACCACACGCUGCCCAGACAUUGUCUAAUGUCUUGAAGCCUUGUCGGCAAGCAAGCAGGGUGGAUCGCUCAUCUUGAUCUAGACGCAGCCGCCGGGCGCGAAGUCCAUUAAGUCUGAGAGUCUGUCGGUGUCGUAUAAGACGAAGCUCGCCUCUCCCCGCCACGAGACUCGUCCGCUCAAGCGCGGCGAGUCACCUUCACCCACUCCGGCAUGGAUCCGACUACUACACUCUUUACCUUCAUGUUGUGAGUUGUUCUCAGACGUAGCUCUGUUUGCGCUCUCUCUGGUUUUUUGU